UUACUCAUAAUCACUCCUAAUUUUAAUUUUAAUUAUUUUAUGUCCUAAAUUAAUUAAUUAAAAAUAUCAAACCCUAGCUAAUUCACACUCGACCAGCAACCGUCUGUCUCCCUCAAGUCUGCCUGGACUUGGCAGCGGCGCCUGCUCGGCAUAUUCUCGCCGGCGGUUGGAGUAGAGAAAACCGGUCUUGUAAAGCGUCGUGGGGCCCUCAUCCCUCACUGUUUUGAUUGCACAAUCCAACGCGCCGGCGUACGGCGCAAGGCAGAAGUGGUGAGAGCUGGUUUUUGGAGAAGGAACACUUUGUUUCUCUAGGGUUUCAACCCAAAACACCAAAGGGGAGUUCUAGAGAGAGAGAGAGAGAGAGAGAGAGAUCUUGGAGGUUAAUUGAAGGCAUUGAUCAAGCUUGGAAGCUAGGAAUCAAGCCUCGAAGAAGAAGAUGAAGAUCACUACACAUCCAUCGAUUCGCCGUUCCGGGUCAUUCCCGAGGGAGUCCAUCUCCAAACGGUAGUGUAGUUGAGUCGAUCGAGCUAGGAGGAUACCCAACUUCGAUCCAAAGAGCGGACCUAGGACGAUUUUACCCAAGAGAGCUCCUCACCUUGUAAAUAGUUAGGUUAGUGGUUAGCUAGGUUAGUAAGUUUAAUUCUUCUAAUCACCAUCCUAUGUUGGCUAGAUAACGAACCCUAAACAUGAAGUAGGGUACGCCUAGAUCCCGGUGGUACGAUAAUUUCUUAUUGCUUGCUUGCCCUAUGCUAAACCCGAUCGACGGUUAUACUUGGCCGUCGAUCGGGAUGUUGUAGUUAGAACGAGUCUAGUUUUUGGCGCCAUUGCCGGGGAACCAUUCUAUGUUAUUUCAUAAAGGGUUAGGUCGUUACUUUAGCCAUUUUGUUUUGCGUUUUGCGUUUGUUGACCCUACUCUUCUCUUAGAAGGGUGGUUUGUGUGUGUUUCAUUUUGUUUUUGUGUUUUUGUUUGUGUAGGUUGAAUCAUGGAUCCCAAUUGCUUCUACAACAUGUGGGGGUAUCCACAACCACCCAAAUGUGGGUAUCCCGGAGCUUCAUGGAGUAACCAAGAAGGUGGAAGCCAAGGAACCGGGUUAUAUGAUCAACCUCCCUUCCAAGAAGAACAAGCAUACCAUUGUGGAUUUCAAGAAGCUCCCCCAUAUGAAGAAAACUUCCCUCCUCAAGUCGAGGAGAAAUCCAAGUUGGAUUUGGCAAUGGAAGCAUUCAUGGGACGAUAUUCGAGACCAUGUGCCACUCCACAACCGGAGCCGAAGAGCCAAUUGGAGCUCAUUGUGGAGCGGUUUGUUCGAGGCACCGAUGAAGGGUGCUUGGAUCUCCCACAAUGCAAAGCGAAGUCCAAGUUGGAGAUUGCCAUGGAGAAUUUUGCAAGAACAAGCUCCAACACGGAUUUUAAACCCCUCCCUCCUCCCGGUUUGACACUAGAAGAGAAGGUGGCACAAGCUUGUGCAAGCUAUCGCCUCUCAUUAUUGGAGGAGAAGGUGGAAUGGGCUUGUGCAAGCUAUCGCCUCGCAUUAUUGGAGGAGAACGAGGAGGUUGAAAGGGCGAUCAAUGACAACCAUAUGGAGCAAGAGGAAAUCACUUCGGAGAGCUCCCGUGGUGAGAACGAACAAGAAGGUUGCAUUGACGACUCCCAUCAUCUUCCCCUUCCAGAAAGAAACUUUGAAGACCAAGACACGAGUGUGGAGGAGCAAGAGAAAUCCUUAUAUGAUCUUUCAUGGCAUCUUGCCCUCCAAACCGUGCUUGGGGACACGAAUGGGUAGGAGAAGGAAGAGGUUGAAGAGGAGGAAGAAAGCAUUGAAGAAGGGGAAGAUCUCGAGUGUUCCCAAAGGGAGGAAAUUGAAGAAGAAGGAAGGGAGGUUGAAGAAGAAGUAGAAGAAGCAAGUGAGGUCCAAGAUGAGGACGAGGUCAAGGUGGAUGAAGCAUCCACAAGUUACGAGGGCUAUAAAGCUUUCCACCCGACCUCGAUGCACUUUUAGAGAAGGACCCAUUUGCAGCUCUAUGCCAAUCCAAGGCCAAACCAUCGACGAUCCAUCUUGGUGGAUGCGAUGGUAAUAAAUCAAUGAUGCAUUACUUGGUGUGGGGCAAAGAGAAGAAGGAAGGAAGGAUGAAAGAAUGAGAAGUCUCGUGGGUGGAGCUUCAAAGCCACUCAAGUUCACGAGCCCUCAUUCAUGGAGUCGUCCAAUGCUCGUGACUUGAGACAUCACCUUACUGACGAGAACCACAACUUCAAGGAGGUUCUUGGGUGGACCGAAACUUGAGGAGCAACCAUCUGGCUCACGAUGUUAAAGAAGCGCUUGUUGGGAGGCAACCCAACCACCAUCGAUUUGUUUCCUUUUGGAUCCAAUAAGUCGACCUUUUGCUUUGCCGUCUCCUUGCUCUUCCGGAUCUCACCCACCCUCCGGUCCCGAACACCAACAUUCAACCCUAUUUGGUAACAUCGUUCUACCUCCUUUUACGCCAUUGAGGGCAAUGUCAAGCUUAAGUGUUGGGGGGGGGGGGUAGUCCAUUAUGCAUGUGUGUGUGAAUCUUUGGUGUGAUUUUGAAUACUUGGAGCCUAGUUGUAUGCCCAAAUUAUUAAAAAUUGAGGGCUCCAAGCAUAAUAACUUCUACAUUUGAAUGAUCAUAGUGGCACCUUAUGGUGAUUUGUUUUGAAUCUCACGGUUAUUAUGAUUGUUUAUGGAUGAUUUGCUUGUGAUUACGUGCAACCUAUGAUGAUUAUUGAGACAUGUAUUAGGUUUGUGCAUAGGUUCAUCUCUCAUGUGUUUGUGAACCGAUAGAUGUUUUGAAUCGAUUACUUGUUUUUCACAGUUGCCCAUGCAUCGAGUUUAGGGAAUUAGAACGAAUGAUUGAGCACCUAGGUAGCCAUGUGAGACUUGUGUCGUUCGUUUCGUUCUUGUGCGAUAGAUCCCCCUUUACAUGAUGCGUAGCAUUCACGUUGUUGCUAAAGAGGAAGAUGGAGGCAUAGGUUUAGUCCACGACCCAAAUGUUGACCAACCUGAUCAUAUCAUCCCUUAGUCCACCCCUUUGAGUCGUGUGCCUAAGGGUCGUUCUCAUGUUAGGUAGCUCACGCUAUUUGAGCUUGAUUGAUUUAGAUAGAACGCCCCUACUUUCUCUGUGUCUACACUGUUAUCUAGUCCCCCUUGUGUUUGGAAGCUCUAUUCACACCAUUUGAGCUUAAAUGAGGUUCCACAUGAGUGAUUUGUGUAUGGUUUUGCUAAGAAUGAAAAAGUGAGUGCUGGAGGUAGUUUUCAAAGUGAGCAUUGUUCCUUAAGUUAAAAUGUGGCAUGUGAUUAUAGCUCUCUAUAGCCCACAAAGAAAAAAAAAUCAAUAAAAGGGCAGAGAAGAAAAGAGAGUGGCCGCCAAAAAUAUUAUAAAUAUUGAACAUCCUCUUAGAAGUCUUUCUUGGCAUGCAAGCUAUAUAGACUAGGGGUGGAUGUUUGGGUUGCGGAUUGUGGAUAAUCUGCAAACCGCACCAACUCGCACCUAUUGUGGGUAACCAUACCCACAAGUUGUGGGUAGUGGGUUGGGUGUGGGUAUUAAAAUAACAAUUUUUGU